AUUCAACUAAACAAAAUGAUCAUGAUAUAAUAUCUUGUUUGUUAAUUGUUUAUAAUAAGGAAUAUGAAGAAUAAGCAUAAUUCUAUAUGGAAUCAUAUUUUAUGUUACAUAUUUGUUUAAUAUUCAUAUUGGAUUGUGUCUUGACAACUAAUCACUAAUAAAAUAUUGGGAUAGCAACAUAAAGGAAAUGAUAACUAAUUCAAAUUAUCUUAAGAUGGUCAGUGAACGUUCUACAAGCGAACAACGUGGACCAAGUGUUCUCGCCAAGCCUAUUAGGCCUACGCCAUUUUCUGGAUCUUAUCGAGCUGCCUCAGCUGAGAAUAAACAUGUUCAUGCACCGUGGGUAUUUAAUAAUAAUCCACAAGUUUUGGAUAAUUUAUCUAAAAAUCAUCGAAAUGCUCAAAGAUCAAGUAUUACAAGUUUAUCUUCUUCAUCGGCAUUAUCAAUAGAUGAACGAUUCAAUGGUGGUCUUAAUAUAAAAUCAUUUGAAAAAUUUGCACAUAUGGGUCAACCACAUGUGAUUGCUUUGUAUAAUUUUGAAACUGGAGUAGAUGGCGAUUUAGAAUUUGAAGUUGGUGACAUUAUUAUGCUUGAGGAUAUUGUUGAUGAAUCAUGGUAUAAAGGGAGAUCUAUAAGAACUGGUGCUGUUGGAAUAUUUCCUAUGAAUCAUGUUGAAGUACGUAUCCCAUUGACUUCCGGUUUAUUUACAAAUACUCAACCUAAAAUGCAGUUUGUAUAUUCUAAUCGAUCAAACAACUUCACAAAUACCACUCGGACACAUUCUCAUCCAUCUUUCAGAAAGAAACCUGUCCCAUUACCGAAGAUCAUUAAUCAAUCUGCGCCUAAUUAUAUUCAGCCUAAUUAUACAUUAUGCAAUCAAAAAUUACCUACUUGUUAUCUACCUAAACGACCAUCUAAAAUUCGAGUUGCCAGUUUAAAAGCUAAACACGAAGGAAGUUCAUCAAAUUCAACAGAUUCAUUGAAUUCACAAACCACAAGUUCUUUGUUAAAUUAUAAAAGCCCUACUAAUAAUCUAGCCAAUACAGAAUACAAAGUUUGCUCUACUUCACUGAGUACAAGUUUACCAGUCAAUAAUUUAUUGCCUAAUCGUGUUCAAGUUUCUACAAGUCCUUUCUCACAUUCGAUUGUCAAGUCACCAAAUACAUCACAAACCAAGUCACAACUUGCAUCAAAUCCAACGCCGCUACUGCCACCUCCACCACCACCAACAUCAACUGAUCAGCUACAGGAGCAACAACAAAUACCUAAAACUUGUAAUGCACCACCUGUGAUUAAUUCAUUGAAACCACGAAAUCAAACUGCGAUAUCACAAAUAGCUCAAAUGUUACAAGAAAAAGGUAUUGUUUCUUAUCGUAGUCGACAAAUGCCAUCUGGAGCAAAACAUUUGUAUCCAGGAUCACAUCCUUUGUUAAUUUCAUCAGCUCCUUCAUCAUCAGAACGUUUAAAAUCAUUUACACAAAUGAAUAAUAUCCAUGACAAUAACAAUAAUAAUACUAGGAAUUGUACUGAUAAUAAUAACCUUAAUGUUAAUACGAAAAUUCAAGAUGAGACAACCAAUAACACAAACAAUGAGAAAAGAAAAGAAGAGGAAGAAGGAGAACAAACUUUGGUUAAAACUACAAAGUAUCACUCACCUUUAUUGGUUGAAACAGUAUUGAGCAAACUACUUCCAGAAUUGAACCGAUCUCCAAGUAGGUCUUCAGAUUUAAAUAAUUCGAAUAAAACAUCAAAUAAUAAACAUACAUUGAAUCCACGAAUGAAUAAUUCGAAGAGAAUAGAUACUGACAAAAAUCAUUCAAUAGAAACUUCAUAUUCAACCGACAAUAAAAAUGAUACCGUAAUGAAUACUACUAAUAAUAAUAUCAGUAAUGGAUCGAAUUAUUUAAAACAUUUAAAUGAAUCAAAUAUGCAUAAUGGUAUUGAAACCGAUCAUGGAGAUCAAUCAACAGAUGUCAAGUCAAUAACAAUAGUGAAAAAUGCCAAAUUGUUUCGUAAUAAUAGCUCUGCUACAAGCAAAAAUAAUAUUGAUUAUAAUAGUCAUUUAAGAAGAGCGUACAGUGUAAUAAAACCUCCAGAAAAGCUAAUCACAUCGAAAGCUUAUAUAAGUUUAUCUUCUUCUGGGAAAUCAUCGAACAAUAAUCAAGUUUCAAAAACAAUGACUGAAGAACCGACGACAAACAUAAGAUAUGACCAACAAUCUCCAAUAUCUGAAUCAAAUUAUCAGUAUUCAUUAAUGGAUUCUACUGGAGAAAGUAAUCAUAGUAAAUUGAUUACAACAAAUGAUUGGUUAAUAGUUGAACAUGAACAAUUGGGCAAUGAAUCAACUAGUGAACUUCAAUUAACUGUUGGUGAUAUCCUUAAGUGUAUUGAUUCAAGUCCUCAAGUUUGUGACAGACGUAAUGAUUCUCAUCUCCAGUAUUCAAUAUCUUCAUCAUCAUCAAGUAGAAAGUGGAUAAAAUGUGAAAACUGGUUUGGUGUUAUCGGUUUAGUAAACAUUUCCAGUGUUCGAGUUAUUGAUAACUCAAAUGAACUGGCUUAUUAUUUAGAAGCUAGACCACGUGUCAAAGCUUUAUAUACAUUUGAUAAGGAAACUGAUGAAGAUUUAGCUUUGUCGGUAAUCAGAAUUUGUAUUUCGCUUAUUCAGUUGCUGACUUAUAACUUUGUAUACUAUUUAUUUGAUAGGAUGGUGAUACCUAGUCGAUCCUACAGAUAAAUUUAUGUUGAAAUAGUAGCUAUUGACUGCUCGUGGGUUGAGCAUUACUUUAAGUUGAAGCAAAUUGAAUGAGUUUGAAUAUGUGACUAAUUGAUUAGCCAAUGAAUAAUUGUUCAGACAUAGUACUAAAAAGUUGAUAGACAAAGACGGUGAACGAUUUCAAAGCUGCCAUUUGUAAAGACUUCUAAAAGGAUCGUAGAUAACAUCAUUAGGAACUUUUCAGGGCGUUACUAAUUUAGUUAAAUAACACUAUAGAAGUAAUCAUCUCACAAAACACUGAUAUAAAUCACCUAGUUAAUAUGUGAUUACUUUCAUAUUCACUACAUAAAAGAAGAGCAGAUUCGUUCUUUUGGAUAACCUGUCGAGUAAUUAUCGUGUCAAAGACCAGUGGUGAUUCAUAUAGUUUGAUGCAAGAACAACUGUUGUAUGAUGACAAAUAAAAAAGUAGUAUGUUGAAUGCAUUUCGUUCGAACCAUUUGUAAUUGGCAUAUAGGUGAAUUUCACUUUUAAAUAUAAGGACUUAUACCUAAGUUAAUUCGAAUCACUACCGUGGUUAUUAGGAAUUUGGGCUAGAUUUCAAAAUAAACCUUGUACAUUUUUUAGUACGACGUAUGUAAUAACUGCUAAGUAUUAGACUGGGAACGAAAUGAGUAGAUCCCUAUGUCUGAUCAUAACAAAUGACACUAUCCUACUUUAGGACAGUUCAGAAGGUUUCCAGUUUCAGAUUAACAACCAAACAUAGAAUCUAUGGUAACUUUUAGGGCUAAAGUAACGAGGAACGUCUGGACCAUGAUUAUCGUGAUUUAUUAUUUUAUAGUAGUCAGUAUGUAUUUUUUUAUCAGCUAUGAAUUGAUUUAUAACUAUAUGUUCACUAGAACCUAAUUUCCGGUUUAAAUCUAUCAUUGAUGAACGUCACUCUCAUUUAGAGUGAGUCAAAUAUCACCAGUUGAAUUGAAUGGUUGUUGUUCGGUUCAAUAAACUAACCUGAGUUUUAAAUUUGAACCACUGAUUCUUUUGGACACUCGAAGAUUCUAAAUUUACUCAAUGUUAUUUUGUGGACAAACUAUGGAAUGCUCUACAGAAUGCAAAGCGUUUGUGUCUCAGCAUGCGAUUAUUUAUCAGUAUUAACAGAAUUAUUAUUUUAAGCUAAUUUAUCAUGACAUAUUGAAUAGAAACGAAAUGAGAAGUAAACUGAUGAAAUAUUCCAUAACUAAUCAUCUUAGUAUUGCCAAAUUGAGAUCAUGUUAAGUUCCUUUUAAUUAAUAUCACUUCACUAUGCUUUUUAAUUUUUUUUUAGCCUGGUGAAAUAGUGUAUUUAUUUGAAGCCAUUGAUGAAAACUGGUAUCGUGGUGAAUCGGCUACUACUGGUGAUCGUGGGAUGUUUCCGGCCACAUUUGUUGAGAUUAUCAAACCUCUGUAAAGAUUCAUAAGACUAACUAUGAUCUAAAUUCCAUGUAAUUAUACUUAAUCUAUUACUUUUAGAACAUACUUUACAAAUAAACAUGAUGUAAACACUACUAAAACCAUAUCAUUUAUAUUUGCUUAUGUAAUUUACUUUGAUAUUCACUUCAAUACAGACUGAGAAUAAAUG